AUGAGCAGCGCAGAUGAAGGGACGGGCACGCCUGUGGAGUCCAGCGCUGAGGAACAAGUUGGUAGUGGAGACGAGCAAUUGGAGGAAGUUUCACCUGUCCCGGCUCUGAGUGGUUUCCUGCCCAGCCUGCCCCUUCCUGAGUCAUACAGACAAAAUUCUGUGGAGGAAGUCCGGGUGCUAGCCAUCGCUGACAACUUCCAGUGUCAGUAUCGCCUUUUGUGUCCUGAACGCAAACCUCUGCUGCUCUGCCCCAUCAACGAAUGCGGCGUUCAGAAGUUUGUGUCAACCACACUGCGUCCCACCAUGACAAGCCAUCCCGAGCUGCUAAACUGGGAUGGAUGUGCUUCGUUUGUGGCUGACUUCCUGUCUCUGAAUCCUUUGGAGCCACCUGUAGAGCUUCCCAGGUUCCUGUUCUCGGCGACCUCCGUGUUGCGCAGUCAGACGGCGACGUGUUUCGAAUAUGCCACUGUACUGUGCAGUCUGCUGCUAGGUGCCAACUAUGAUGCCUACUGUGUUAGCGGCUACGCUAGCAAGGAGAUGUGUCAGCUAGACCAAAGACGGCAAGAAUGCCCCAUACAGGGCGCUCAGGCCAAGGAAUCUGACAUGCCAGCUGAAAGUGAGCCAUGGCAGAGAUUUCAACGUGAACCGAAGAGUCGAUUCUUGACACGCCAGGCCAAGAAGAAACAAGAAGAGGCUGAAGCUCAAGCCAAGCAACAGGAGGAGAUACCAGAGGCACCUGCCGACCCCCUGCGAGGUUUACGGGUUCACUGCUGGGUCCUUGUGUUGGCUGGGUGCCGCAGCGUCCAGGAGAACUUCUUGAUCGACCCCCUGACAGGAAGGAGUUACAGCACCACUUAUGAGCAUUUUCUGGGUGUGGAGAGUGUGUGGAACAACCUCAACUACUAUGUCAACAUGCAGGACUGCAAGAACAGCUGUGCUGAUCUGGUAUAUGACCUACAUGACAUCAAAAUGUGGGAGCCCGUCUUGUUUGGUGUCACCAGUAAAAGGCAACUCAGCAUCGAAGUCCUCAAGAGGAAGGAGAUGAAAAUGAUGGGCAUGACUUUUGUACGUGUGGAAGAAGAAGAGGAGCGAGUAUUUCAGAUGCCGAGAACCUGGGUCACUUCCAUAUACAUCUCUAAAGAAGACUUAGAGACGCGUUGGCCAGGAGGUUGGAAGAUGAUUCGUUACAAGAAAGUCGAACUGGAGAUGUUUGCACCUUACUUACGAAUGGAUGGUCUGGUGACCCGACUGAGUACCUACAAGGACUUGGAUUGCACAGAGUUGAUGACUGUAAAGGAAUGGUACCAGAACAGAAAUGACCACCUGAAGGAGCGAGAAGUUAAUAAAGUAACAGGCAUCACGACCGAACGCUUCACACCGGGACGACACUUUCACCUUUUAUUUCAUAGGUACACAUCCACUCCAGCAGAUGGCGGCGAGCACGAGAUGGAAUUCAGCGGUGCUCGCGUAGACGGCCUGGUGCGUCGGUGGGACACACCGGAGGAAAUGACGGAGAGCUUUAAAGGCCGCGAGGACUUCCUCUACUACAGACAAGUCAUUUUCGACUGUAACGUAAAGUUGCCAGAGGAGCACAUCAGCACAGAACCAGAAGAAAGACCCCUGCUGAAAGUGUUGGAGCGUUUCCACAGGAAUCCAAGGAAGGAUGCUAAUGACGAUGUGGCUGAGCGAGUGUUUGUGGCGUCGCAGAGGAGGAUUGAUGUAAAGUACCAUCUGGAGGAGAACCGCUUUGUCCCAUGCAUGAGGACUUUUACCAAGCCACUCGGGCCAAGGGACAGCGAAUUCAGGGCAGACAUGGUUACCGGCUUCCAUGUGGAUCCUGACCAGAAGCCCCUAAAAACACUGGCUCUCUACGAGCUUCUCUCAGACCUCGUCAAAGCUGAACAGGAAGUGGAUCUCCAGAUCAAGAGCUCCAAAAAAGAGGUGCGAGACAUCGUGGCUUGCAGGGAACAGGAGGAGAUUGAUAUUCUUCUUCACUUUUCGCCAUGGACUGCCACCGGCAUAGCCAAGGCCCACAGUCUCCGAGAGGAAAUGGAGCGCGUAGCAGCCGAGGAGCAGCGGUGGUUGCUCGAGAAGGACACAGACUUCUUGGCUUCUUUCCUCAUCGGACUGCGUGACAUUGAGAUCACAAGCGCCGAAGAUGCACAACGUCUAUACGAGGAUAGCUUGACAAACUUCAAUGAGCAAAUAAAUGCACAGACACGACUUAUUCAGGAACGUCACGACCAGGCGACGAAGGCACUGCAGACGAUACAAGAACAUUACCAGGAGACCCAACAGGACAUGAGCCACCAGGAAACGAAGGAAUACCAGGCGUACUGCGCCCAGCACACCUUUCAGAUACACAUCGCGGAGAAACGGCUUAGCAUGCACAAGAGAUCAGCUGCUCAGAAGUACCGUGCAUUGGACCAAAGGCUCAAACAAGAUCCCCGACUGGCUCCUUUCUUACUCAACUGA